UGUAGAAAAUUGUGAGGCAGGAUGGUCUUAAACGGGCCUUGGAAAAACGAAGGGAGCCCAUAGAGGGCGAGCAUGGUCAAGUUGGAGUUGGUAUGGUAUCUCCAGCCAGCCAUUAGAGACUUGGUUGCUGAACUGAACGCAGCAGCGUCUACACCGAAACAAGAAUCCAAACUUGGUCGGCUUUCCCCAGGAACCAUUCACCAACAACCCACAUGGCUACAGUGUCGAAGUUAGGAGCCCUCACUCCUCUUCCUUAUUCCAAUCUGAAACUCAAACAGCAGCUUCCCCUCUUAGAAUUCAGCUCCAUCAUCUUCAAACAUUCUCACUUGUCUUUACCAAAUGUCACUCUUAAGCGUCUCAGAAAUGCCUCUCCUCUCCCUCUAAUUAGAGCUCAAAGCUCCGCUGAUUAUUUCCCGGAUUCCAAGUUUUACAAAGUGGAAGCGAUUGUGAGGCCCUGGCGAGUCCAAAAGGUUUCUUCGGCACUGUUGAAAAUGGGUAUUCGUGGCGUUACUGUUUCUGAUGUCCGAGGUUUUGGUUCCCAAGGUGGUUCAACAGAGAGGCAGGGUGGCUCUGAAUUUUCUGAAGAUGACUUUGUUGGUAAAGUUAAAAUGGAGAUUGUGGUGAGCAAAGACCAGGUUGAAGCAGUUAUAGACAAGAUAAUUGAUGAGGCACGGACUGGAGAGAUUGGCGAUGGAAAAAUAUUUUUGGUGCCUGUCUCGGAUGUAAUAAGAGUUCGCACUGGUGAACGUGGGGAGAAGGCAGAAAGAAUGACUGGUGGGCUAUCUGACAUGUUCUCUAAUGCAUGAUAGCAGUUUGGCCAUCCCUAUUGCUGUGCCAUACUCUCCUAAUCAGCCCCUCCAUCCCAAAUCUGAAAAUGUAUGGGAUAAUAGUCAUCUGUUUUUUUCCUUUUUUUUUUUUUUUUUUUCUUGAAUACUUGCACAUAACUCACAUCAAGCCCAGACUUGUGCUAUGGUGUACUUCUAAUCCAGGAAAUGUCAUUUUGCUGCAAGAAUAAAUGGAUAACCCUUCAUGAAAAGUGCCUCAACAGGGAAAUAAUUGAACGAUGGAUAAUGAAAUUUAGAUUCUAGGUAAAAUAAAAGCGUUAAGGCUAAAUUAUUAUUA